CAUGCGAAUCCAUUGAAUUAAAUGAUGAGGAGUCUAAUUUGGAAACAGUCUUUGAUGAAUGGCUUAAUGUAGUAAUAGACAACAAUGAUUCAAACUCAAUAAACAAAGGAAAAUCAAUUGGUCGACCAGUAGUAUUGUCAGAUGUGAUAGUUCAUCCUAUCCCAAAUAAUACCACGCGUGAAAUGCACGAUACGAGUGGUUCAAAGUCAUACGAUGAUAAAAGAGAUGAUAAUCGAGAUGAGAGUGUAAAUAAUGAAGAUUUGGAAAAUCAGUCUAUACGUUUAGAGCACACAUCUUGUUGUGGAAAAUGCCGACAAGAAUAUUAUACAAAAUUUGCGACACUUGAGCGUAAAAUGAACUGGAUCAGUCACUUUUUACAAAAUAGAAGAGAAGUACAAAAUGAAGUACAAGAAAUUGAUUCCUCUCUUUUACCGAAUUUUCCCCUCACAACAGUGGAACAAAUACAAGCUUUUAACAAGCAGUUAGAAAAUAGCAACGUUCGGCGACAAUUUGUAA